CCUUGCCAUCAAUUGCCGGUUGAAUCCGGAUACAUUGACUUUGGUCGGUGCUCGCGUUCGAAUGAUUCCGAUGUCGACGCGCAAGUCGUCUGGGAUGUGCUGGUCAAGUCGCCGUGUGAUAUAUCUGGGUACGCUUUUACCUUGGCGUUUGUAUCGCGGCGUCCGCCGCCGCAGCGAUUCCGCGACACACCGCGUGUGGCAUCUUGAGAUGGUCGAUGCCUCGGAGCCAUGUGGCGCGUUGCCAGACGUUGUUACGUCCGAGAACUGAGGAGAGAGUGGAUACACGUCCAGUGCAUCAAACGAGCAGCUUGAUGGAACCGGCCCCGGUCGUGGCGAACGCCGUGAUGGCCAAGCACGACGCUGACACCCAGCACCUCCUCAACAUUGCGUUGGCCACGAAUAAAAGGUACACGACCCAUCCCGGCCGCAUCCUCGACGACGGCUUCCGCGUUUCGUUGGUGGAACGCCAUUUCAAGUCGUUUCGACGACCGAACCCGGUCUCCAAGCACGACGACUACCUCGUCCUCGGCCUCAUCACGACGACACUCGACGAAAUCGGGUACGCGCUCUACUCGGACACGUCUCAAGCCAGCCGGUCGACCCUGUCGUUCUUGUACGGGAGCGAAGUCGUCGACGGUGGCAUCUUUCACACGCACGCCGUCAAAACCCCGUCGGAUCCGUAUCGGUUCCUCGGCAUCAAGCACACACUGCACCAUCUCUUGUCCCCCGUGAUCUUUAAGCCGCGAGAAGCCGUCUACGUUGAGAGCAUGGGAUCGACUGUGGUCGACGGUCAACCAGCGCUGUACAUGAUCCACAAGUCCGUCGACCUCCCAGAGUACCUGGGCGCCCCCGGAUGUGUUCGCAUGGACGUACAGGUCGUCCACCUCUUCGUGGCGCCCCCCUCUGGCCACGUGCACUACUUUUUGACCAUGCUCAGCGACCUGAAUGGCAACUUCCCCAGCUGGAUGGCCAACCAACGCAGCACCAAGCUGUACGAAUUUAUGAUGAUGCUGAACCAACUGGCGCAGAUCCGACGCCUCGUUGCCGCCCCCGCCGUCGCCCCCACCACGGUCGUUGCUCCCAAGUACGGUGCUCAAGACGCGUCUUGGAACGACAGAAUUCUGCGUAGGUCGCGCCAGAAGUGCUGCGUGUGCCCGACAGUGACCAAAAAGUGGCGGUGGUGCCGAACGUGUGGCGAGAUCACGUGCACGGCGUGUACCUUCCACAUUUCAAAGCCAGGGCACUUGGUGCGCAUGCCGCCAACGCGGUCUGCGAGCACAGCGUCGUCGUCAGCGUACGCCAACCCGCGCCGCACGUCCGCCGCACCAUCCGGCGCGUCGAAAAGUGGCGCCUAUCAUGUCAAGGAAGACUAUUGUAAGAAGUGCUUUCUCAAGGCCCGACAUCCCCAGGCGUUCCAAACUUUGAACGAGAACGAUCUGUCGGGCGAGUUCGCGGACUUCGUUCAAGAUGAAGGCACCCGCCAGACGCCGUCGCGGUCCACACGUGAGAGGAGCUCUGGUGCGACGCAUGCACAGCUUUCGGCCUUCUCCAAGUACAAUGCAGAGUCGGGAGACGUGUACACUCCGAUAGCGUCGACCGCUAGCAGCACGACGAGCAGUAAGGGCUUCCGAACCCCACAGGCGACUGCCAGUCGCAACACGACUCGCACGCCAAACGGGACUGCGACCACCAAGUACUUUCGCACGCCAAAGGCAACGUCAUCGCGCGUCGUCCUCCAGGCCGACGUGAGCACGCCCCGCCUUCUCACGCUGGAACGAACAGCAUCCGCAGUCCAGCCGCAUCGACAUGCGACAACGGCCGACGCAAACGACAAGGGGGACGUAUCGGCCGAAUUCAACCCAAACCUCUUCGAGUCGCUCGAGUACCAGCGGAAGCUCCUCGCAGACAUGCAAGCUCUCCUUGUGUCUGCCAACUCGAGUCCGCGACAGACGACGUCUCCGACCGCAUAAAGGCUUUUGUGUGAUACAUCUCGUCGUGUUCGUGGGGAUGGCAUGUUUCUCCACAACUCGCGCUACACCGACGGAAACGCCGACGUUUCCCGAAUGUGAUCGAGUAACACUUGCA